AUGAGCGAAACGUCAUCUGCCCCGCCCGCCGCGGAGACGUGGCCUUCGUUCCGCCGGCGCGCGCCCUCGUCGCUGGGGAGAAGGACGGCCGUCGCUGAGGCGCCUCUAAACGUCUCAGGCAUCCGCACGCGGCAAGAAUUUCCACGACGCAGCAGCGGAGUUGUCCCGGCGCGCGCGGCGCGACCGCGGGCGCGAGGGCGCGACGGGCGCGCUGACCUCGCCGAGUCGAGGUCCCGCCGCCGUCGCAGGAUUCCCUGCCUGAUCGAUGCCAGACGGCGCGACCGGCCGUGCCGAACGGAACGCGCGCUGCGCGCCGCGCCACCGCGGGCGCGCGGGGGACGCUGGCGCGCUAAUUUUGAACGCCUGACGUCACGGCCCGUUCAUGACCGGCCGGCGACUGAGGCGUACCGAAGCCUACCGACCGGACGGCCGGAUGAGGGCGGAGCGAACAGCUAUCGCGUCGCGCUGGCCUACCUCCACCCGACCCACCUUCGUGAUGCGGCGACGGCGGCUGCUGCGAGCCGAGUCCGCGAGCCGCCGCUGCCAGGCGGACGCCCGCCGCCCCCGGCCGUCCGCUCGCCCGCGAUGUGUGCAGCAAGGAACAGUUUCGCCAGAUCCAUUAAUCAAGUGCGUCAGGACGGUGUAAUGAGAGAAGUCAUUCUUCUUGAAGAAAAAGCCCGAAAAUCUUGGGAACGAAAAUGGGGAUAUUUGAAAGAAGAAAGGAGGACAUUUUUAGAAGAAAGUCAAAAGAGCGGUAAAAGAUCACUCUCUAACAACACCACUAACAACAAUGAUGUGCGACAACAAGUAGAGACUACGUUUACAUCCCUUCCUACAUCGCCUCCAGUGCCGAUAACCAGCCAAGGUAUGGUUGGAUGGCGUUCAAGAUUUGGAGAAAAUUCACUAAAUAAAGUGGGUCCACUUUAUGUUAGUCCAAAGCUGACAAUUCUUCCUCCUGGAGAUUCCACUCCACGGAAGCAGUAUCAUAUAUUUCUGGGUUAAUGAGUUGUGUUAUUUCAUUGCACAUGUAGAAAUAAAUACUAAACAAUGCGCUAGAUAUUGCAUAAACAUUAUUAUAAUGCCACUUUGCCUUUUCAAUUUUGCACUUUGGUCCUAGAAUACAUUUUUCCUUAAAAAUUAAGAAUGCACAAGAACUACAAUUAUUAACGAAUCAUGUGUGAGAUAAUGUGUAUCAACGAAAAAAAUUCUAUGUGAGUUUCUGAAAUUAGUAUUCUAAAUCAAAAGAAGUUUUGCAAUUUUCUCCAUUUUUUGGUAAAGAGUAAUGCUCCCUUCAUUUUCAUUGAGCUUCAAUGUAGAUUUUUAAUAAAGCCUAAAUUCUGCGUCUAUCCUGAACAAAUAAAAAAUCUGAUCUAUAAAGGUUUCCUGUGUAUCAUAGAUGAUUUUUGCUCUUUUGCAAGAGGAGGUGUUUGUAAAUUGUGCAAGCAUAUCAAAGAGAAAAACAAUGUCAAAUCGUUCUGGGUUUCACCUAAAAAUGUGCGUUUUGAAUAAUCAUGUAAGAGAACGUAAUCAGAGUGUAUAAUAUUAAUUUCAACAAAUAAACUGCAGAGAAAAACACACAACUAAGUAAAUGAAAAUCACAUUGAAAUGCAUUCAGCAAAUACGUACUGAUCAUAAGAGGAACUGUAAGUAAAAUUGACCUGCAAGGAAAGCACUAAAGUUGUACACUUGUAAACAAGUGAACUUAAGAUAACACAAUUUAAAAUCAGUCUGUUUAUUUUUUAUCAGUAUAAAACUUGGAGAUAGAAUGACAAAUUAUACAACACUGAAAAGAAUUUCUAUUUUUUUUAAAAUUUCAGCACCAAUUUGUUUUACAUAAUGCAUUCAUCAUAAUCAGUGGCAUUAUCAGGAUUAUACUUGGGACCAGCUGUUGGAGGAGUGCCCAACUUACUUCACUAUUUCUUAUAAACAAUUUUUCCUUCAUGCAAAACUUAAAUUUUGUUUCUAUUUUUUGAUCUAUUGUUAUUUAUAACGUAUUCAAUUGAAAUAUUGAAUGACUUUCACUGAUAUAGAAAAUUGGUAAAAACU